CAACAUACUUGUCAUGUUUCCUCCGCCAAUACCAAUUAUAUGUGAUUUACUUCAGCAUAGAUAAGAACACACACAACAGCAACGAUAUUCUACGUCUAAACUUUAAAUACUAACUACUGAAAACAUUUAUCAGCAGAACUCCAGAUCUCAGUCUUAAAAAAUACAUACAGUGAGGACAGUUUUAGCUAUAUUUCUGUAAAUUUACAUAUUAGGACCCUAUUCUUUUUGUAUCUAACAAAUUAAGACCCUAACUUCUUAAAGAUUUUUUUCAUAAAAAAAAAAAGCUCUGUUCAUUUGCAACCUUUGGGCACACCGCAAGAGCGGGCACUGUAUAUAUAAUAUUAUAUAAGAUAGGACUAGAAAACAUCAAUUGAUAUAAACAUAUAUUUGUUGACAAAAGAUAUAUACAUAUAUUUAUAACUAUGCACUUUUAACCUCAUUGCUGCCUAUAAAUAUGCAACUCCACAGAAACCAAAUGCUCUUGGCAAUAUAAACCUGCAGCACCCUAUUCUUCAUUGCUCACAUUCAAACUCCAGCCUAACCAACAUGAAAAAGAUCAAUAGCAAGAUCCCAGUAAAGGAUACCCUAUCUGGCCCUCCACACAACCAUAACGAUAACCAAGUGUUCAUCAACUUCCGGGGAGAGGAGCUACGCUGCAGCUUCGUGAGCCACCUUGUUGACGCAUUCAAAAGACAUGGAAUCAACUUCUUCAUAGACAAAGACGAACAAAAAGGAAAAGACCGGAGACAUCUCUUUGCAAGGAUCAAGCAGUCGAGUAUAGCUCUGACUAUAUUCUCGAAAAGGUACGCAGAGUCACGCUGGUGCCUGAACGAGUUAGCGAAAAUAAAGAAAAGAACCGAUAAACGCAAACUACAAGUGAUACCCAUCUUCUUCAAGGUGAAAGCCGCAUCUGUGAGAUACCAAAAGGCUGAGUUCGGUAGCAACUUCUGGAGAUUAGCUAAGAGUUCAAGCGGGGAACAGAUCAAGAAAUGGAAGGAAGCUUUAGAGUCUGUUUCUGACAAAAUGGGCUUGUCCUUAGGCGGCAAAAGGUACCUUACUGAUCAUCCUUAAAAAAUGCUACGACAAUUAUCAGAUUUCUUCGUCGUUUUCCCUCAUGCCCCUCUGAAC